GAUGCCCACGAGACGGGAUAGAUAAGCUCAUCCAUCCGGGCCGUGCUAGCCGUGCUCUUCGCUCAGCUGCAGCAGCCAGCGUUGGCCCGUGUCUGCGCCACCAGUGCCGGCAAAGCGCGCGACCGGGAAAGGCUCCUCGAGCGGCGAGUUUCGUGGCCCUGCGUUCGGUUUACCGCGAGCUCUGCUGCGGCUCGUGGGCUAUCGUGACGCAACUGUGACACAGUGUAUCCCGCUCCCCCGAACCGGCGCCUCGUAACAGCAGCAGUGAAAGGGACACCACGCUAACGCCGACUGCACCUCGGAAUCUAUUCCGCCUGUCGGCGCGCCGACGGGCUGCUUUGCAGGGAACGUAACGCCGUGGGAAAAAAGAAAGGCGAAGAGACAAAAGAAACAACAGAACAGCUCGGGAUUUCGCCCUUUGCUGCCGGUCUGGCCCCCCCCGAAGCCCCGCUGUUCUGUAUAGACGCCGCUGCAUGCUGACUCGCUCUCCUGCCCCUUCGCGUUGCCUCGUCAUGGAUUUCGACAAGGUCCUGGACCACAUCGGCGAGUACGGCCGGUUCCAGCUGUACGUGCAGAUACUGGCCUGCCUGCCGCCCAUACUGAGCGGCGCGCAUCAGCUGGCGCACGUCUUCCUGGCGGCCACACCCGAGCACAGGUGCUUCAUCGACGGCUGCGAUGUCAACGGCACGACGUUCCACGAGCCGUGGGCGACGUACGCCAUCCCCGACCACAGCAUGGACGAGGUGCAGUGCUACCGCUACGACCGCAACAGCUCGGCGCCGGUAGGCUGCACGCCCGAGGAUUUCCUCAACACGUCGCAGCGCUGCGACCGCUGGAUCUAUUCGAACGUCGAGUUUGACAGCACCGUCGUCACCGAGUUCAACCUGGUCUGCAAGGAUGCUUGGCUAGUCAGCACAUCGCAAUCACUGUUCAUGGUGGGUGUCAUGGUUGCAUCGGUGCUGUUUGGCCAUCUCUCUGACAGGUACGGCCGCCGGAUCUGCUUCCUGUUCAUCCCGCCUGUGUUCGUGUUCGCCUCGUGGGCCACGGUGUUCACCAGCAAUUACGUGCAGUUCACGGUGACGCGCAUAAUCACGGCCAUAGGAGCUACCGCCCUCUACCAAACGUCAUUCGUCCUAGCUGUGGAGUUGGUGGGCCCUUCACGGCGGCUCAUCAGUGUGCUGCUCUUCCAGUUAGCCUUCCCUCUGGGCGAGAUCCUGCUUGCUGCGGCUGCCUACAUGCUGCCCGACUGGAGGCACCUCUCCAUGGCUCUAGCUGCACCCACAAUCCUGCUUUUGCCCUACUACUGGCUUCUACCAGAGAGCUUAGCCUGGUGCAUGCACAACAAAAAGGAAGCUGAAGCAAUUUCUAUUAUAAAUCGAGCAGCCAGAUGGAAUCGCAGGUCUCCUGUUGCCAGCUUGGGAUGUGGCCAUGCUUGCAGUGAGUCCUGCACAGACCCAUGCAGCCACAGCGCGGCACAGACUAAAGAUUCAUCAUCUUCAUCACUGGCCGAUCUCUUCAGAACCGCGCGGCUUUGUUGCAGAACUCUUAAUGUGAGCUUAAACUGGUUAGUAAAUGCUAUGGUCUACUAUGGCCUAAGCCUCAGUGCGGACACGCUUGGUGGCACAACAUUCCACAGCUUUGGGCUCUUGGCACUGAUCGAGAUUCCAGGGGUGCUGCUGGCUGUUGUGGCGCUGCAAUGGUGUGGCCGGCGCAUUGUGCUCUCCACUUUUCUGUUGCUGGCUGGACUCUUCUGUGUCAUCGUGCCCUUUAUCCCAGAAGAUGUGCCGUGGCUGUCCACUACACUGGUCACUGUCGGGAAGUGUUGCAUCACGGCGUCCUUUGCAGUCAUCUACCUGUAUUCAGCCGAGGUCUUCCCCACUUCUCAUCGUAAUACAGCCAUCGGAAUCGGAAGUAUGAGUGCUCGCUUAGGCACUGUUGCAUCUCCAUUCAUUGCAUCUGACCUGGGUAAGUUGCACCCGAUGAUGCCCAUGAUAGUUCUGGGAGCCCUGUCUCUUGUGGCUGGCGUCUUCACCUUGGCUCUACCUGAAACCAGUGGCAUGAGGCUCCCGGAAACCAUACAGGAGGCAGAGAACCUUGGCACACCUUACUAUCUUAGCACAGAAGAAGAAAGGACAUCCCUCAUCGACCAUUCGUCCUAUGACUGAUCACUCCAUCCUUUUUCUUUUCUGCGAUUUCAAUGUUCUGCUGCGAAAAUUGUCAUCAUACAAGACAUAAUUUAAACGAUCUCUUUUUGCCAGUGACUAGGCAACGCUCGCAACAUUUGACGUAUUUUGUUUCUUCAUUUUCGGGUGUGCAGCUACAGUACACCCAAAAUUCAUAUCGGCAUGCUGAGAGAGCAGGAGCAUGUAUGACAUGGCAGUUUAUUUAAUACUGUACCAUAGUUUAUUCAUUGACUUGUUCUGACACCAGGUGUGUGUUUUUUUUUCUUUCUCUUCACUGGGGUUUGUGACUGUCGGGAAGUUGAGAGAUGCAGAUGGUCUGGUCCCAGCUGCAGUCGGCUAUCUAUAAAAGGAUGGACACGAUUAUUGCGUGAUAUGAACAUUCCUUGUCUACUAUGACAUAAUGAAAGUGCUAAUAAACAAUUGCCACGUAA